AUGGAAUCUCGAGGUCAAGGCGCAAGGCGGUCCCUCGUCAGAGAAUAUUCUGCCAAAUCGGGCCAGCAAUCGUCCCAAUAUGGGCGAGAUAUGGCCCCCAAGGUUGCUAUCGUCAUCUACACGCUCUACGGCCAUGUUGCCAAGCUCGCCGAGACUGUCAAGGCCGGCGUCGAGGCUGCUGGCGGUUCCGCUCAGAUCUUCCAGGUCCCUGAGACUCUCCCCCAGGAGAUACUGACUCUUAUGCACGCUCCGGCCAAGCCCGACUACGAGGUCAUCACCCCCGACAAACUCGCCACCUUCGACGCGUUCCUGUUCGGAAUCCCCACUCGUUACGGUAACUUCCCCGGGCAGUGGAAGGCAUUCUGGGACGCCACCGGCCAGCUCUGGGCGCAGGGCAAGCUCGCGGGCAAGUUCGCGGGCGUGUUCGUCUCCACCUCUUCCCCCGGUGGUGGACAGGAGUCGACGGCCAUCGCCGCCAUGUCGACCCUCGCCCAUCACGGCCUGAUCUACGUGCCCCUUGGUUACAAGUACACCUUCGCGCAGCUCACCAACCUCUCCGAGGUUCACGGCGGCUCCCCUUGGGGCGCUGGCACUUUCUCGGGCGGAGACGGCUCGCGUCAGCCUACCCCCCUCGAGCUGGAGAUUGCGCAGAUCCAGGGCAAGACCUUCUACGAGCUCGUCUCCAAGGUUCAGUUUUAG